AUGACUGAAACUUCUUCUUCUAAUUUUCAACUUCGAACUCUCGAUAAUGAUUUGAUCGGUAGACUUGCAUUGGUGACUGGUGCCAGCGGUGGAAUCGGAGCUGCUUGUGCUAAAGCUUUAGCAAAAGAAGGUUGUGAUGUAGCCUUACAUUAUUGUUCGAAUCAAGAUUCAACCCAAAAAUUAGUCAAUGAAUUAAAAACUCAAUACCCAAACCAAACCUUCACACUACAUCAAGCAGAUCUCAAGGACCAAACCUCAACCCAAAGCUUGAUGAAAUCCAUCAUGAAAGAAAAUUCAAAACAUUCAUCAAUUUCGAUUUUAAUUUUAAAUGCUGGAUUAGGUAGACGGAUACGAGAUAUUCAAAACAUUGAAAUUCAAGAUUGGAUCGAUACAUUAGAAGUCAAUAGUAAAAGUCAAUUUAUUUUAAUUAAAGAUUCUUUAGAUGAUUCAAUUGGAAAGAUGAGAAAAGCAAAAUGGGGAAGAAUCGUUUUGAUUAGUAGUAUUUCAAGUAAAGGUGGUGGGAUUAAUGGUUGUCAUUAUGCUGCUAGUAAAGGUGCUUUAACAUCAAUGGGUUUAAAUCUAUCCAGAGUUUUAGCACCUGAUAAUAUUACUGUGAACAUCGUAUCACCCGCAAUGAUCGGAUCAACAGGAAUGGUCCCAUCUCCCAAAUCAGACUCUAAUGAUCAAGAUGAUUUAGGAUUAAAAUUGGCUUCUACAAUUCCAUUAGGUAGAUUAGGAGAUCCAAGUGAAGUUUCAAAUGUGAUGAUCAUGUUUGUUAAAACUGGUUAUCUUACGGGUCAAGAUGUCAUCUUAUCUGGUGGUCUACAUUGA